AUGAACCACUGCAGCAUGAGGUCUCUUGCUGGUUUUUGGAUCCUUCUGCUGGGCUGGCCAGCCCUGUUCCAUGCAGCAUCUGUUUCUUCACCAGUUUCACCAGAGGACGAAGUCCUGGCUGAGUCCAUACAGUCUUUCUAUGGCCUUAAGGUGACUGGUGCGUUGAACAAUGAAACACUUCCGGUGAUGAAGAGACCGAGGUGUGGUCUGCUAGUUGUCCGCCGAUACGUAUUCUAUGAUGGAAGACCCAAAUGGGGGAAAAAGCUGAUUACAUACAGGAUCACUAAUUACACUUCAGACCUGGCCCAGGAAACAGUAGAUGCAACCAUUGCUCAGGCCUUCCAGCUCUACAGUGAUGUCAUCCCUCUGGACUUCAGGCAAAUCCACUCUGGUACUGCAGACAUCGAGAUGUUCUUUGUAGCUAAAGAACACGCGGACGGUUACAACUUUGAUGGGAAAGGUAGAACCAUGGCUCAUGCACAACGUCCAAGAAAAGCUCAGGGAGGGUUUGUACACUUUGAUGAAGAUGAAACCUGGACUGUUAGUGAAAAAGAAGCAAAUCUGCUGCUGGUGGCCGCCCAUGAGAUUGGGCAUUCCCUGGGCCUGGAUCACACCCAGGACAACAGCACACUAAUGUACGAGGAAUAUAAUUACUUCGACACAAAAGGAUACAAGCUGCCAGAUAAUGAAAGACGUGGGGUUCAAGCCCUCUACGGUAAGAAAACAUCAAUACAACAAUUCAUUUUAAUACUGGGCUCCCGUCAGCCAGUGGAGCCUAGCCCUGAAGAUGAGCAGUGCAAUCGCACUCUUGUGUUUGACGCAGCUACCUCCUUUCGUGGAGACCUCGUCUUCUUCAAAAAUGGGUACUAUUGGAGAAAGUGUUCAAAAGACAUCUAUUUCACCAAUGUGAACACAAAAUGGUCAGAAAUCUACAUUGUUGACGCUGCAUAUGAGGUUCCUCACAAAAAUGUGGUGUAUCUUUUUGAAGGUGCUCAGUACUGGGGAAUAAAAGCUGAUUCAGAGACAGUAAUGUCAGGAUAUCCACAGCCUCUUACCAACCUCGGCCUCCCACCUUCAGUCACUCACGUGGAUGCAGCUGUUUAUGAGUCAACAACUAAAAAGACAUUCAUAUUUUCUGGUAGCCAGUAUUGGAGAUAUGAUGAUGGAAGUAAUGAAAUGGACCCUGAAUACCCACGAGACAUUAAAAAAGACUUUCCUGGCAUAGGCUCCAAAGUAGAUGCUGCCUUUGAGAAUCGUGGAAAUCUGUUUUUGUCAAACGGCCCCAGACAGAGCGAGUACAACACGGCCUGCAGGAAAGUGAUUCGAGUACUGCUCAACUACGGCUGGCUCGAGUGUUAUUGA